AUGAAUAGUAGUAAUGUGAAUGAUACAAACAGCGACAAAGAACAAGAAGAAAAUAUAAAUAAAAACAGUUCCGAUAUAAAAGAAAAUUAUAAAAUUGAAAACAACAACAUGACUAACAAUUCUAGUUCCAAUAAUUCAAAUAAUAUGAUUUCAGAUACAAAAGUAACAGAUUUAAAAAACGAACAAAUUAACACUGACAAUUAUAUAAACCCUAAUACUAAUAUAUCCCUAAAUAACGAAAUAAAAAAUGAAACACUUCUCGAUAAAAAGCCUUCAAUUUUAUCUGCCCAAAAAUAUUUUAAUGUAAAAGAUACAGAGGAAAAUAAGGAUCCUGAAUUUUAUGCGAUUUCUGAUUCUGCAAUUUCCGAUUCUGCAAUUUCCGAAACGCAUCAAUUAAGUGAGUCAUCUUUAAAGGAAAGUGAUGAAAAUAGUAAAAAAAACUAUACCCCAAAUUUUAACUUCCAAAAAGAAGAAAAUAAUAAUGUUAUCUUCUUCGAUAAUAAUGAUGACGAUUAUGUGUCUGCUGAAUCAUGUAAUAUAUCCUUAGAAAAAAGUGAUGUUAAAAAUGUAAAAUCAUCAAAUAUGAGUGAACAAAAUAAUAUGAAUUAUCAGAAUUUGAAUAUAAAUGCCUCUUUUACCACUAAUAGUGAUAAAACAAAUAUAAUUAAUGAAGAUGAUAAAAAAAAAGAACAAAAUUUUCAUGAUAAUAUUACUGAAAAAUGUAAUAAAAUAUAUAAUGAUAAUAACCUAAUAGAAACAGAAAAUAAUAAAAAAAAUGAGUCUUUAAAUAAUUGUGAUUAUAUUAUUGGUAAUAAUUAUGAUGAGAAUAUUAGUAGAAUGUUUAAAAAGAGAGGUACAUCAGAUAUGAUCCUAAAUUGCAUGGACAAAAAACAAAAAAUAGAUGUCACAAUCCUAGAAUCGAACAAUCUCAAAUUGGACACUCAAUUGGACACUCAAUUGGACACUCAGUUGGCUACUCAAUUGGACACUCAAUUGGACACUCAAUUGGCUACUCAAGUUGAUAAUUUAGAUAAUCUUGAUGGUGAAAAAAAAAAUACACAAACAACAGAAGAAAAUAAAAUAAAAGAAUGCUACGAUGAUAAAGUAGAUGUACAAAAUGGGUGUCUACUUCUGACAAAUAGUGCAAUAUGUGAUGAACAAAAUAGCUUAGAUACUGGAAAUGUUCAGGAAAAGAUCCCCAAAAGGGAUGUAUUAGAAAAUGGGGGCGAAAAUGCACAAGAAAAAGAUGAAGGGAACACAGAUGUGGCAGAUAUAAACGCAAAUAAACCAAAUGAACCAAAUGAACCAAAUGAACCAAAUGAACCAAAUGAACCAAAUAAACCAAAUGUAACCACUUCGAACCGCAUUGUGUGUAAUGAUAUAAAAGAGUCAAAUAGUGAAGAUGCACAAAAUAGUGUCAUUGCGCAAGAUUCGAUAAAUAUAAUCCCAAAUGAUAAGACCUUUUUAAAUAUAAAGUCUAGUACUGCAUGUAUUGCUAAUACUAUGUUGUCAUUCUAUGAUUCUAUUAAUUGGGAAGCAGAACAUAAAACAAUAGAUGUAGAAAAUGAUAACCAUAAAUAUACCAUAGAUUCAGAUGAUGAUCCCAAUUCUGUAAAUUUGAAUGAAGUUGAAAAUCCGUGGAAUCUUAACACACAAUCUAGUUUUCAUACAAAUAGCAUAAAAGCUAGUUUAAAUAAAAAUGUUAAUCACCAUUUUAAUAACAUUAUUAAAUUAAAUGAAAUUCGUUCUAUGCCUAAAGAUAUAGAUGCAAAUAACGAAUCUGUAAUAACGGCUAAUAAUUUAAUAAGCAACAGUAGCAAUAGUAACAGUGGCAAUAGCAACAAUAGUAAUAGCAACAGUGGCAGUAAUAAAAUGAUAGAUAACGGUUCUAUUGAUUAUAAUGUGAAUGAAAAUAUGAUUGCGAAUAAAAUAAAUCAAGAUAAUUCUAUUGAAUUGUAUAAAAAUAAUUCUUUAAGAGGAAGCGAUAAAAAUGACAAGAAUAUAAACCUUGAUAAUCAAAUAUCUAUCCAAAAUUGGAAUAACGAUACAAUAAAUAAUAAUAAUGAAAAUAGUGAAAGAGAUGAAACAGAAUAUACACAAGAAGUGAGUCAAUUACAUAAUAUAAUUAAUAAUAAUUUAAAUAGAUGUAAUAAUCCUAGCUCUGAUAAGAAUAUGUAUCUAAAUAAUUCAAAUAUAUUAAAUCCGAAUGAACAUAAUAAUAUUAUAAAUAAAAUAGACACCCAAAAAUAUAUAGAUGUAAAUGAUCAAAAUUUUGACACUAUAGAAGAUGCUACAAAUUUUGAUAACGUUAGUGAAAAAGAAGAUAUAGAAGAUGAACGAAAUAAUUUUAUUAGUAUAGAUCAAGAAAAUGAUAAAUAUAUGCAAUGGUUUGAUACAAUAUAUACAGUUUGUGUAAAAUUAGAUGAAUUAUGUUGCAAAUUAAAUAAUAGUUUUCCUCAUUCUAUGGAUAUUUGGAAUCAAAGUGGAAAAGUAAAUAUGUAUCAUCUUAAAUCUUUAUUUAAUAUAAAUGAAAAUUGUAUUGAUAUAUAUAAUAAUCAAGAUUGUAAAAAAAAUAAAAAUGAUUUAUUUUUUGAUGUUAGUAUUCAAAAAAAUUAUAAUAAUUCAGUUUGUAGAGAAUAUAAUAAAAAUGGAAUCUUAAAUUCGAAUAUGUCAAAUGAAAUAAAUAAUAAUGAAUUUCACUAUAGUAACAUAAAGGAUGCUAAUAUAAUAGACAAUAAAAAUAAUAAUAAUAAUAAUUGUGUUAAUUAUUUUUCAGAAAAAAAUAACUAUUCCAAGGUUGGAAUAAAUAGUUAUAUAAAUGAAUAUAACACAGAAGCAUAUAACAAUAAUAGUAAUAACCAUUUAGGAAAUUAUGAUAAUGAAUAUACAAAAAUUGAUAAACAAUCCAAAGAUAAUUUAGUACAUCUAGAUAAUGGGUUAAUCUGUAAAAAUAGAAAUAAUAAAAAUGAAAAUAAUAAUGUUAAUAUGAAUCCAUCAAAAAAUAAUGGAAUCAUUAAUAAUAAUGUUAAAAUAUCACAAAUGUAUGGAAAUGAAAAUAAUAUAAAAAAUUGUCUUUAUUAUCAAAAUAAACAAUAUGGUAUUGGAUCAAAUUUAGAAAAUAAUAAAAUUCCAAUUAACUCUAAUAAUGGAAAUAUGAAUUCAAUUUUGAAUCUUGCAUCUAACAAUAUAUGUAACAUGAAUAAUAUGGGUUCUAACUUAGUAGACAAUAUGUAUUCUAUAUAUGGAAAUUUAACAAAUUCUAUGAAUAAUAAAAAUAAUAUAAAUAUGCAUAGAUAUAACAAUGAAAUGAACAAUUAUAUGAAUCUUAAUAAUGUUCAUAAUAUAUAUAACAAUAAUAAUGGGGGAAAUAAUUUAAACCAUGAAAUGUGUGGUAAAAAAAUUAAAAAUAGUAAAAAAAAUUCAAAUAAUAUAAUAAAUAAAAAUACAGAAAAAAAUAAUAAUAAAAAAAGAAAUUCAGUAAAUAGAAGUAAUAAUAGAAUUAUAAAAGAUGAAAGUGAAUUUGAAUAUUUAUUAGAAUUACCAGAUAAAGAUGGACCAAAUUUAGAAAACCCAGAAGAUUUAAAAUGUGAUAUUGCAGGUGUAUAUUGGGAUAAAAGAAGUUGGAUUGCAUCAUGGUAUGAUAAUGGUAAAAGAUAUUAUAAAUCAUUUUCUGCUAAAACUCAUGGAUUCUAUAAAUCUAAAUUUUGGGCUAUUAAGGUACGUUUAUCAAAAGUUAAAGGGCAAACUAUUUUUGGAAAACAUAAUAGAAAACCAAAAAAUAAUAAUCAGAAUAAUGAUAAUGUUAAUUCUAUUCCAUAUAAUACAAAUAUGAUAGUAGAAAAUGAUUGUAUUACUGUUGAUAACAUCUAA